AGGAUGAAUCCAAUGAUCACCUGCACCUCGUCGUGAGAAGUAUGCUGAAGUGACCCAGACCUUCCCCAUGCAUCCUGCCAUGCUUUUGACUAAGUAGUAUACGCGUAGUAUGUGCAAUGGAUUUUUCGCUUUGCGUAGCGUAUUUGAUUUCUGAGUAUACUAGUUCUCGAAUAUUUUAUUUAUCAUGAUACAUUACGCCGUCCACGCAAUUUCAUAUCAUUCGCCACUAAUUGAUGAAGAUCGCUUUCUUUCACUAAGCUUUGUAUGCACGCACAUGACAGACACAGUAAAAAAGCGUCCAUGUGACAACAGAAAAGAAAUUGCACAAGAAACAAGUUCGCGCAUUCAUCUCAUUGUAAUCUUCGGCUUGAGCUAGUAUUUGUUUAUAAGACCACUAACAAUCGUCCAGCAACAAGCUAGAUAAGCGGGUAGAAGUCGUAGGGGAAACCUUAGGCAGAUCGCCGAGUAGAUUAGCACCAUCGUAGCAUUGUGUUGGUAGUGUGCAGAAAGUCUCCUCUAUCACUCCCAACGUUCUUUCUACUUUGCAAACCUCAACAAAUAAAGCGAUCCCAUAGCCGAGCCGUUAACGCAACUCUGUCCUUUAUUUGCCCGACACCUAGCGAAAAACCUAGCGAAAAAUAAAUCGCACAAGAACACGAGCAUGCUUUCUUGUGUAGGCCUAGGCCUUCUCCGAGCGGAUGAGGAGGAGACGGACAGGUGGUAAAAAAGCUGCAGUUGAAGACGUCGAAGAUAAGGAACACUCAGUCUCAGAGCAAUCAGCUAGGAAUCGUAAAAAUCAGGCUAGUAAUCAUAAUCAGGACGAUUAUAGUUCCAGUCUGAGCGUCGUCGCACCUUCUCUUAGCACCAGAUCUGGCACUGAGGCGGAUGCAUCUACAAGUACAACAUCUUCUACUGAGAAUACGUCGUUCAACACUGCGGGCACAAGAAGUGUAAAACCCGACAAAAAAGCUGCCACUUCUGUUGUACCUCAAGCAGAGCAAGAACGUCUUCUGGAGGAAGACCCUUUACUUGCAGAAAUGAGCGCCAGCGUUCCUCGUUCGCGUAGUCCUCCCGGCAAACGGGGAGAGCACCAAAGGAGCUACUUGACGCCUUACGAACAGCUUCUGGACCAGAAUCAAAUCACAACGCCAAAACGUAUCUUCAGCAAUGCUGCUCAACAAGGCCAACCUAGUUGUAUAGUUAAGGCUACUUGCAAGAAAUCCAUUUUUCUCAGCAUCCAUCUUUGUUUGGUCCUCCGUUUUCUAAGGGGAAACGGUCGCCAAGAUACUCCAGGACAUAGAUUUCUUCUAGCUCUAAUAUAGAAGUAGAAUCUUCAUCCAGUAGUCACAAUCCCAGUUAUCGUCCUGGCGGACAGCCUGGACCUGGAGGUCCGCCUGCAGGUGCUGCUUCAAGGAGGUCUCGAGCGACCAUGAAGAAACAACUCACGUUUGCCAGUGAUCUAGAUGAGCCGUUUUUUUCAGGAGAACAGAGAAGGAGAGGACCACCACAGAAUGGAGGUGCUGGACAACAUUAUUUGCAGCAAGCAGCACAGUCUCAAAACCGAGGAGGCUCUCGACGAAGCGGCGUUGAUGAUCCAGCAGCUUUUAUUCCAUCUACUAGAGAUUCUGGCUUCUAUAGGAGUCAAAUCCUUCAGGAUACGUUGAAUGAGACACUUUUAGACCACGAGGGUGGUCCUAGUUGGGGUCCUGGUCAUUAUACUGGCUUAGACCGUCCCUCCAACGCAUUCGACGGACAGCAUCUCUCUUUCAGCAAUAACCACCCCGACGAGCUUUUACUGUCUCCCCGCGGCGAGAGCAUGCAGGAUGCAGAGUUGGCGUCGUCGUGGCGUGACUACAGUGCCAAAUUAGUCCCGGCUCGACCGCCUCCGAGGGAACCGGCACCUGUUGGAUUGAUGCCUUAUCUGCGUGGAUUGUUUGCGAAUGCUAUUCCACGUGGCGGCACGUUUGGUAGCGAGACAAGAACAGAGCGUUUGAGGAGGCAGAGCGGGAAGAAAUAUUAUGCUUCUAGUAGUGGCAACAUCGACUCUUCUUCCGAAAGAGAGCGCUCAGGUGGAAACAACAACUCUAGUUGUACUACGCGCAUGGAUCAUAGAACUUCUCGGGAUACGAGAACAAGCGGAAUUGAUAACGAGAUGACGCGACUGUACCACAGAGGAAAAACCAGGAGUGUAGACGAACAAGAUAACGACCGAGUAGACGAACAAAGUAGAGUAGGGCGUGGCAACAGUAUCGAUAGAACUCUAGGUGGAAGUGGAAACAACACGGGUGCUGCGCAGUUGAGUACGUGGCAAAUGUUGUUGGGGAUGCUGAGAGGCCCUAUCUCCAGUCGGAGUCGGAUUAGUGACCGCGCGAAAAUGCAACAGCGUGGAGCAGCCUCGCCUUACCCGAUACACGAGUCAGAUGAACUGCAUGGUGACGAAGGUCAUGGAGAUCAUGGUUCGGAAGGAGCUACGCUUCAUCGCACCAACUCGUCAGAUCGAGGCUUUUUGCGCAAGACAGAAUACACGCCAUCUUCCUAUUUGCCGGAACUAGAUACGGGUAUGGGCUUUCUACCGUGGAGUGUGCGUGCUGAUGCUCUAUCCUAUGCAGACGACCCAGUGGAAGAACGAUACGUGGAAUAUGCGGAUGGACGAAACGCGUUGCAUUUCCAGUUGGACAUGAGCAAUCCAUACGAAGGCUGCUCGUUUAUGAUGCCUCUUACGAACGAAGAGAAGGCGACGCAUCAGGAUACGACUUUUGUUGGAGUAGCCUAUCAAAUUACAUCUUUGGGGAAUUUGGACACGGUGCUGGAAGAGAUGUCAACUGGAAUAGAGCUGAGCAUGCUGUUUCGGGUACUAUUUUUCAGAAAGGGAGGUGAUCUAGUGCAUUGAGACAUUGUGGUAUCUUUGAUUGAAAAUUGGUUAGUCCAACGAUAAUCAUUGCAUGGUGGAGAGUUGUGUAACAUCCGUUUUCAUCGUCUGAACAAAACGAUAGUCAAGAAUUCCCUCGUCUCACACUGACUAAAUUCCCAUCUUCAGAUCAAAGAGGAAGAUGUCGAAUUUUUUCAAGAACGUGUUGGUGAGGAGAUCCGAUUCGCCGAUCUCGGUUCUCGCAUGCCCGCUGCCAGACUUCUUUCCGCACCAGAAGAACCGGAAAUCAUCUCCGAAGUGAUAGUCGCCGUCCGACGGUGUUUCAACCGGGACCGAGAAUUGCUGCAGAAGUAUAAAAGAAACCCUGUUGGUGCUGAUAUGGGAGUUGAUCACGGAGGAGGUGACAUGGACUGCUGGGAGAACGAUAAUGGACAACAAGCUCGUACUGUAGACAUUGAAGUGGACGAAGAUGGCGAAGCCGUACCACCAUUGGCCUCCUACGUGCAGAUCUAUGGGAAGUACCGCUGUCGCUGUCGACAGGUCUUAGACUUGGCUCAUUUUCCGUUCUCUCGGCAGUUGGUGCGAUUAGUUUUCGUGUCAACGACCAAUACGUUUAAGUACAUUUUCGUCCCUUGGGCCUACAUGCUGCCGUACUACGAAGUAGUAGAGGAAGAAGUGUUUUUAGCCGAAAAAGAAGGAACCGGAAAACGACGACUUGAUUCGUUUAUGAAAUUGCAGUCUGGUGGUUCUAGUAAGGUGCUCGCUUUUAACAGCGAAGGUCAUGCAGAGAAGCAGGAAGCUAAUGCUGAGAAUGAUGUAGAGGGCGGCGAAAACCAAGAACAGCAACAGCCAACAGGCCAUCUAGGUGCGCGUGGUAGCACAGUAUCACCUGGCACAACGACAACUACUGGCUCCACAGUGAUGCCCGCUGAAGAUGCUAGUACUAAAGACGGCACGACUGGAGCUAACAACGUAGGAACUACAUCUUUAAAAAAAAAGAAGUUGGGCUCUGAUAGUAAUUCUUCAACAACCGGAGCUGCGAGGAACUCUUUAACCGGGAAACAAGUGAAUGCGUCAGGAGCGUCGACGAUUUCAGCAGGCUCGGGCUCACACUCAAGAAACGAUGUGAGUGGCACAGCAACAGACUUCCUAACAUCUAGGAUACUGGAACCGAUACUGGAGAGUGAUAGCAACCCUUCGGAUCAUUUCAGUCCUCCAUUGUGGGCAACGCAAAGUAAGGAGAAGGUCCCCGACGAAGAAGAUGAUGACUAUGAAGCGGCGAUGGCAAUGAAAAGGGGUGCGAAGACGCUGAUUUUGUCUUCGACCGGAGCUCCAACCGCAAAUGUUGAUGCUCCACGCGACAGUGCAGCCGAACGCUCAUCUGCCAGAUCUUCCCAAUUUGAUUCCGUUAUCUCACUCGGUGGUGGCACCAGUGUCUAUUCAGAGGGCGAAACAGCUGCGCCAGAAGAAUUCUCAGGGAGUGAAGACGUACACGCUGAUAACAACAACUCCACUACAGUUCCUGCAGCUCGAGUCUCCAAGAGCGAGAAAAUACGUAAGGAAGGUCAAGAGGGGUUUCAAAUCUUGCUGAGUACUUCGUCGUCUGCAAAUGCAUGUGCGAAACCAGAUCCGAGCACAGCUCACGUCGUCCUUCCAGACAAGUCCUACAGCUUCUCAGACGCUGUCCAAAUCCCCGAUAUGGAGGACCCGGCAACUGGAGGAUUGCCAACAAAAGCCCACAUUGCUUUGAUUCGUGCGGAAGGUGAAGCAAGUAGUGCAGGGGCUGUGCGGUCUUCAUUUUUAUGAGAAGUGAGUGACUUCUCAGUACUUACAACUACAUAGGAAUACUAGCGUUCUUUGUCAUCAACAGACUCCUAUUAAUUUGUGAACUCAAGAACUACUCUUGGGUUCGUGAUGAAACUACGUGGCUCUUUCUAAUCCCCAACUCGAUCAACAGUUCGACCACCUCUCGCGGCUCAGGAGGCAGCACGUUGUCACAGAAUAGUACAGGCAGUUCUAGUCCUAAUCCGGUGGGUGGAGACUUUACCGGUUCGCGAGGCGCCAUGUUGGGGGAAGCAGAGCAGUUGGAAUUUCAGCAUAUGUUCAGAGCACAUCGUUUACGUGGUUCUCCUGCUGUGGAAGCAUUGCGGGUUACGGGACAGGGAGAUGGGACAACAACUGUUGAAGAAGCAACUAUUGGAGAACAAGAUGGUGUUGAGCUUGAGCAGGAUGUAAACAAAAAAAUAACAGCCACUCAGGAGCCAACAACUUUUGCCUCAACAGUCUUGGCAGGUGGAGCUGGUGCGAGUACUGCAACAAUCGGUACUAGUACAACUAAUAUGGGUGCAGCUGGUGGUGGAGUUGCGGCAGAUGGUGCGCCUGCGCGGCCGUCACUGUUGUCAACACUUUUUGGCUCACAAGAACCAUCUUCAACGCCAGGAGCUGCACCUUAUAAUAGUGUUAGUGGUGAGACCAUGAUACCUCCAUCUUCGGGAGACGGUGGAGCAAAAAAUACUGCUCCUCAACCAGUUAGGCGCAAGCGCUAUCGCUUAAUCGAAAUGCGUUUCCGACCUAGUGUUUUCAAAGGGCGAUCCCGUUUAUCGCAGUCUUGGCUUUGCAGAAGUCACUUCGCAGAAUUCUACCCUCUCUCUUGGCUCGCUGCUAUGCCCAGCGGAGCGCGCUACAGUCGGUUUCACUUGGUUCUGCAGAUGGAAUGCAUCCCUACGUUUUACUUGCUGAACGUGCAUUUCAUCCUGCUGUGUUUGGUCAGUUUGGCGUUUUCGACUUUCCUGAUCGUUCCGAAUGAUCCGGGAUCAAGGAUGCAGGUGAGAUCUACUUCAUUUUUCACGAUUCUCUGUACCCAAACAUUAAAUUUACCUAUUAAAUAGUUCUUAUAGUUGUAGGGCAGCUUCUGCUUCAAAAAUCAAGAUAAUCCUAUUACGAACGCUGCCUGAGCCUGCAACACUAGUGACUCAUACUCAAUAUAACUUAUUCGAACUCAGUGUUUCAUUUUUGAGUAAAUCGCAUACUCCUCCUUAUUCGACAUCCAAACUCACAGGUCCUCCUCACCCUUCUCCUCUCGCUUGCCGCCUAUAAGGGUUCUCUCACCUCUUGGACUCCGAUUAAGCCUUACGUAACGCGCUUGGACAUUUAUGUCUUAGUCGCCUUCGCGUUUACCAGUAUUAUGGGUUUCGACGUGAUGAUUGCUUCGGUCUUGGCAAACUUGUUAGGGGAUGAGUACAUCAGAGCCAUCUGGUUCGUGGAGAGCUGUAUCUGGUCCCCCAUGUUCCUCAUAUGGUUCUGGCUGCACGUGCGUUUGGGUUGUGCUGAGUUCUUCUUCGGCGAUCUGGGAGGAUAUGGAACGGCUGGGAGUAUAUUAGUUUUUUUUUUCUUCUUCGGCGAUCUGGGAGGAUAUGGAACGGCUGGGAGUAUAUUUUCGUUUUUUUUUUCUUCUGCGAUCUGGGAGAAUAUGGAACGGCUGGGAUUAUACUUAUCAUACCUCAAAAAAAAGUAUGCUGGAAAAGGUAGGUAUCAAACUAGUAGAUUAUGGCAUUUUUUUCUUCUCAAAUACUUACAAAAAUGCACGUUUUAAUCACAUCAGAAUCUUCAUUCACAAUUUCCUUCUCCCCACAAACCAGAUGCCUACCCAUCCUGGCGACAUGUGCUGGCGAACGAUGACAUUAAUCAGUUAGCUGAGAGGGACUUCGUCGAAUUCAUGAACAAACGUGGCUUCAACACCAAGCGCGCAAAUAUACCAAGUAUGCGAUCUUUAGUGACAAGGUUGAAGAAUUACUAUGGAUAAACUCUACUAGCCUUCUUCUUCUAGAUAGAUAAUUGUUUUACUGUGGAUAAAACGUCGUGAACAACAAGUCAGCCAUCAAAUUGAGAAUCACGGAUACAAAAAGUACUGCAGACCAAAAACGUUUUAUUGUUGAAUGUUGAUACUUCCUCCAGUGUAGCGUUCAUCUACACACGUGCAAAGAGCAGAAGCUGAUAGUUCUUCUGAGUUUUAGGCUCAGACUGUUUUUUGUUUGCUGUAAAAAGAAUAUGAGUACCCUGGUCUUCCUUGGUCCAUCUCAUUUUUAUCGUUGAUAGAAGCCAAGAGUAAAAGAGUCGGUCACUGAGACCCAUUGAAGAAAGGAAAAGAUGCUCAUGUUUGCUUACAAAGUGUCAACAUGAUGACACA